AUGGAUAGUUUAUAUAUUUUAUUUUUUUUCUUUUUAAUUAUCACUUUUUGUUUCUAUAUUUUAUAUAAAAAUAAAAUUAAUAAAAAUAAAAAUAAUAAUAAUAAUAAUGAUAAUAAUAUUAAUAAUUUUAACUUUAUUAAUAAUAAUUAUAAUAAUUAUAAUCAUUGUAGUUUUAAUGAUAAUAAUAAUAAUUUUAAUAAUUAUAAUGAUAUAUAUAUUUAUAAUAAUAACAAUAACAAUUACAAUAAUAAUAAUCAUUUUAAUUAUAAUGGUAAUAAUAAUAUCUUAAAUAAUAAUAAUUUUAAUAAUAAUAAUUAUUAUAAUGAAAAUAAUAAUAUAAUUUAUAAUAACAAUGAUAAUAAUAAUAAUGAUUAUAAUAAUUAUAAUUAUAAUGAAAAUAAUAAUAACAAUAAUUUUAAUAACAAUAUUAUUAAUAAUAAUAAUAAUAAUAAUUAUAAUAAUAAUAAUAAUAAUAAUAAUAAUAAUAAUGGCAAAAAAGGUAAAAAAUAUUUGCCAUCUCUUUUUUUUAAAGAUACCCCAACCGAAACACAAGAAAGAACUACCCCAAACAUUAAUCCUUCAAAUAUUUCUAAUGAUAGUAAUAAUAAUAACAAUAUUAAUAAUAAUACUAGUAACCAAUCAUUGGAGUCAGAUACAUUAGUAUUAGAAAUUCUAAGAAGGGAUAGAGAACAAACAGAAAGGGAGAAAGCCAAUAAAGCUCUCAGAAAAGAAAUGUUAGAUUUUGAAAGAGAAAUCAGAGAAUCUGAACGUUCAGAAAGAAUAAUAAGAGAAAGACAAGAAAGAGAACGUUUAGAAAUUUUAGAAAGAGAAAGAAGAUUCAGAGAGCAACAAGAAUGGGAACGUACCCAAUAUUUAUUAAGAAUUGAAAGAGAAAAUCAAGAAAGGGUACGUCAAGAAACAUUAGAGAGAGAAAGAAUGGAAAGAGAGAGAAUUGAAAGAGAGAGAGUAGAAAGAGAAAGAAUAGAAAUGGAAAGAGUUGCAAGAGAGCAACAAGAAAGGGAACGUGCCCAAACUUUAUUAAGAGAAAGGGUACGUAGGGAAGCAUUAGAAUUAGAAAGAUCACAAAGAGUUGCAAGAGAGCAACAACAAUCAUAUUUGGAAGAAGCCCGUGAAUAUCAUCGUUACCUAAAUUCAUUAAAUGAAAGACUCGAUGCAUUACUUCAACAAAGGGCAAAUAGAAGAAAUUCAGAAAGAGAACAAAGAAAUAGAGAACGUGCCCAAGAUCCACAAACACAAGAAGAAAUUCAAAGGGCACGUAGACAACAAUUUGAAACUUUAAGAUUGCAACAGGAAAGAUUACAACAAAUUAGAUUGCAACAAGAAAGUCAACCACAUCAAAUGGAACAAGAUGAAAACGAAAGCAUCUGCACAGUUUGCUUUAAUCAGGUAGAGGCCAUUAAUAGUGCAUCAAUUGAUUGUGUUCAUAAAUUUUGCUAUGCAUGCAUUACUCAAUGGUAUUCUCGUACUAGAUCCUGUCCAACUUGCAGACAACCAAUUUCAAAUAUUAGAAGAGAUAAUCAAAAUGAGGGUUUAACAUAUGAUGCUAUGAACAUAGAUUAA